AUGACCCCAAAUCCAGAGCAAAGGCGCCGACAAGAGUGCAUCAAAUUCCAACCUACCAAGCCCUACACUCGAGAAAGGCUAGAGCAAGCAAUCCGCGUCUUUGGAAGGCACAAACCCGUCGCAACGCGUAAGCAGUCAUAUGCAAUCGGGGAUUUCGCUGCCUGUUACAAUCUCCGAAAACGAAAUGCAUCUCAAUUGAGAGAGAUUGACAUGGAUAUACCGGAUGACGACGAAAACGAUGACAAUUACGAACCCAGCACACCUCGUACUCGGAGAAGGAGGGCUAUACAACCCCAGUCAUCGACACCUGUUGAACCAGCACCAGCGUCGCGCAUAGUCAAGCUUUCGUUCUCAUCGGUACGUGGCAAGUCUUUGCUACUACAGCUGAAGCAUGCAGAUGUUUUCCGGGAUUUCGUGGAUAGUGACGACGAUGAAAUAGCCGAUGCUCCUUCUAGUACCAAAAACGAUUCAAAAGAUACCGCUCAAGAAGAUGUAUCCAUGGAAGACUCGGAGGGAAUCGAGCGAAUAAUUAUCACAGCUUUUGCUCAUCCCAUUGAUUGCGAACUCGGCAAUAAUUGCGGCUCUCCAUGCGAUUUCUGCACAGACUUCACAUUCGGAAUGUUCGGUCUUGGAAUUAAGACCGUGUCAGUGAUCGACCAUGUAACUUGGUUCGAGGAACUCUGUGGCGGCCAUCGCGACGACGGACAGGAGCCCACAAGAAUGUGUAACGUGUGCGCACUUACACGAUUGCACAUCAUGAACUGCGGCGGUCAUCAAGUAACAGCCAUCCCAAACUAUGAUCCAUACACAUUCAACAUCCAAACCGCAUUCAACAGUCUGGGUGGACGUAGGCUUCGAGGCCGACGCCAUCAAAUCAACGAAUGGUGCUCGUUCUGCAUCAAUCCCGCAUUCUUCCGCUGUUCAACGACCCAGAUCAUCGAUAUAUUCGCAAACGACAUUGAGGAUCCGUCGUCACCAGAAGCCCAGGGCUGUGGGCUGCGUCUUUGUCAGGGCUGCAAAGAUCUCAUGGAUGAGCAUCGGAACGAUUUCGAUCGAGUCAUUGCGGCACUACCUGGUGCGACGGAGAAGAGAGCUGAUGCCGAGUUUUUGGUUAAUGGGAGUGAUCUAAACAGAUAUUUUAGCGAGUGA